AUGUUCUCGACGCUCGCUGCAGUGGCGACGGCAGCCUUCGCCAGUCUCGCUGCUGGAUGCGAAGACCAUGACUGGACCUCGCCAAUGCUCGGGGGAUAUGUCAACCACGCGCUCAUGUCCCAACAUGACUUCGAAAAGCGCACGCAGCCUGGUGCCCUGCCAACACUGCCACAGCGCGUGAUGGAUAUCCACUGGGGCCAGAUCAACUUCCUUACGACCACUGACACGCAUGGCUGGCUUCCUGGACACCUGCUUGACGAGAACUACUCUGCCGACUAUGGCGACUUCGCCGAUUUUGUCCGCAAGAUGAAGACCAAGGCCGACGUGAUGGGAGUCGAUUUGUUGCUGGUCGAUUCGGGAGAUCUCCACGACGGGACUGGCUUCGGCGACGCUACCACGCCCAACGGAAGAUUCACGUUGCCCAUCUUCAAGCAGCUGCCUUACGACUUGCUGUCGAUUGGCAACCAUGAGCUCUACACGACGGAGAUCGCAAACGAUACCUACCGUAACUUCGCACAGAACUGGGGAGGCCGCUACGUGACUAGCAACGUCGACAUCUACGACAAUGGCGUGAGGAAGCCCUUCUCGCAGCGUUACGCCUACUGGCAGACUAAGAUGGGCAUUCGUAUCAUGUCGUUCGCCUUCAUCUUCAACUUUACAGGCAACAGCAAUGCUACCGUCGUCACCCCAGUUGGUACCGCUGUGCAGCAGUCCUGGUUCGUCGAGCAGGUGGAGCGAACAGACAUCGACCUGUUCCUGGUCGCUGGUCACAUCACGCUCCGAGACUCCGCGGAGUGGAACAUCAUCUACAAUGCCAUUCGUACUUACCAGCCUACAAAGCCCAUCCAAAUUUUUGGCGGGCAUCGCCAUGUGCGUGACGGUGUCGCCUGGGAUGCUUCUGCCAUGGGGACAGCAGCAGGCAGGUAUUGCGAAACUGUAGGCUGGACAUCGAUUGACGGUCUCUCGUCGAAUGUCACCCGUGCCAAGUCUCCUAUGGGCGCGGGCAACAUCAAGAUCACGUCAGGCACGAACAUGACAGGCGGUGUGAGACUUAAUGUGACCCGUCCAAUCUCGUCAAGUCUGACCUGGACUCGCCAAUACCUCGACUUCAAUCGCCCAACCUUCGAGAAGCUGACUGCGUCUCUGAAGCAAGAGUUUGACACAGCUUACGGCAAGGGCAUUACGGCGGGCAUCACAAAGAACAUCUCAUCGCUCCCGCAACUCACGGACGUCCUGGGAUGUGCCCCAGACAGCUACUACAUGGACCGCUUCCCCACCACGUCCAAAAAUAACCUCUUCAACUACCUCACCACCACCAUCUUUCCAGCCGUGGUCUUUGCUCAAGGUCGCAACUCUUCUCGAUACCCUCGGGUUGUCCUGACGAACACUGGCGGUUUCCGCUACGACCUUCUCAAGGGCCCCUUUACGAUCGAGAAUGCGUAUCAAGUGAACCCGUAUCAGAACCUGUGGCAGUACAUGACUGCUCCUUGGGGCGUUGCAAAGAACCUUCUGAAGGUAAGGCCACUGACUAGUGUAUCAUUGACGACGGGCUGUCUGACAUUCGCAACAGAACAUGCAGACAGAUCCCGUGUACAAGCGACAGCUGACGCCUUCCAACGCGACGUAUGAUCCAAGCACUGGCCUGUGGACUACCCCAGGUUACGUUACCAAAGACGACUUUGGAUCUGGAGGGGACAACACGAUCCACCUUGACCAAGGAUAUUAUGCUUCUCAGCACUAUGUCGCCGCUAAUGUCUCCACUGCAAACAUCACGGACGAUUCGACGCUCGUCGAUGUCUACGUGACGAGUUUCUUCGCUACCGCCGCGGCUCAGUAUCUCCAAGGAAACACGACUGACUGGAUCAACGUCACCAACAGUACUGGCGGCAGUUUCACGUCGUUUGACACGAUUCCACUCUACGCCCGUCUUUAUUGGGGCAAGGAUUGUUGA